AUGAUGAGUGUUUACGUUUUAACUUUCAUAUUUGGACUCGUGACACUAGCUCUACUUAAGAUCAUUUACCCACCAUGGAACUUUCCUAAAAAUAUUCCUACUAUUCCAUUCUAUGUUACUUUUUUAACCACACUUUGGGAUUUUGACCAAGAAGACAUCUUCAAUCUCUACCUCCGUGAACCGUUGGAGAAAUAUGGAGCCGUGAAACUUUAUUUUGGCUCACGUUGGAAUGUCGUAGUGUCAAGGCCCGAAUUGCUUGCCCAGAUGUUUAAAGACGAGGAUACUUUCGCUAAGAGCGGUAAUCACAUAAAAAUACCAUAUGGAGUCAUUUCAGCUUAUACUGGUGAGAAUGUCAUAUCGGCCCAUGGGGCCAUUUGGAAAAUAUUUCGGCGAACAAUAACCCCGGGCCUUCAGAUCUUUGAUCACCGGCCAAUGGUCGAGCAUGCUGACUUGUUCUGUUCCCUUAUUUCUAAGCAAUUGGCAAAAAAUGUCACAUUGUGCCCUAAAAGGACGCUUUCGCACCCACUUGCAACAAGCGAUUUUGAAAGUCAGAGUACAUCAGGUGAAGUAGUCAUGCCUGAACUAAUUCAACGACUGAGCCUCGCAAAUAUCUCCAAAGUAGCCCUUGGGCUUGAUAUCGGUACCCUCACAAGGGAUAAUUCGGACCUUCACGAACAGCUAAAAAAUGUAAAGAGCAACAUUUUCAAAGCACUGUACUUGAACUUUCCGAUGCUAGAUCUUUUGCCAAUUCCGUCACGUAGGCGUGCAAGGAAAUAUGUGGAAGAUUUUAGAAGAAGCCUCAUGAAAUCAGUGAAAGCGAAUCUGGUCAACAACUAUACUUUUGAGCAAACAUCAUUUGCUUCGUCCGACCUAAUUCGUAGUUUCAACCGUGAAGAGAUAUCUGAAAAGCAGCUUAUUGAUAACAUUGUAAUUAUCAUGGUGGCUGGCCAUGAAAACCCACAGCUCUUGCUUACAAGUUGCUUUUACAUGCUUGCCAAGCAUAAAUCCUGGCAAAGAAAGAUCAGGGAAGAGGUCAGAGAUUGUAAUGUAGACAAGCUCGGCGAGCUUCCUCUUCUCAACAGUUUUAUCUUUGAGUGUAUCAGACUCUAUCCUCCGCUGUCCCAACUCAUAAAUCGCUGCACUACAAGGAAGUGUGUUCUGGGCACUGACAUAGUCUUACCUAAAGGAGCCUACGUGGGAUACAAUGUGAUGUCAACAGGAAGGUAUAAAUCUGGAUGGGGAGAAAGCGCUGAUAAUUUUAUGCCCGAACGAUGGGGAGCCAGUAUUGACAAGAUUAUGAACGAGUGGAGACAUAGAAAGAAUACUUGCAAUAUGGGGGCAUUUCACGGAGGACGUCGGGCCUGUCUUGGGGAAAAACUUGCUUUGCUAGAAGUACGUAUUACCAUGGCCACUGUUCUUCGAAGUUUUGAGUGGACUCUAGCCCCUGAUUGGGCUGACAGGGUUACAUCUGCCGGGCCUCUGUGUCCCUUAGGGCUGAAAUUGAUAUUUAGCGAAUUAUGCACAUCUGAAUAA